UUAUAUGUCAUUUUUUCAGGUAUCUGUAGAAAUUAAUCUUGUCUAUAAUAUUUGUCACCUGUAACUCGUUAAACUCAAAAUGGACUCUGCUACAUUUAAAAGACUUAUUGCUAAGGCCAACAAGUAUUUGGAAUCUUCAGAUUUUGAGAAAGCAUUAAAAAUAUCUAUAAAAUUGUUAUCUAAAAACCCCCAAAAUAUUGAAGCUUUGGAGCUGUCAUCUACAAUUGCUCUUGAGAUAGGCGACUCUGAGACUGCAUUAAAACAUCUCAACAAAGCUAUUGACUUGCAGCCUGGUCGUAACCACAGGUUAUAUUUGUCCAAAGCUCAAAUUGUUGAUGGAAAAGAAUCUCUUGAGUGUUAUCAAUCUGCCAUUCAGAUUUUAUUAGGAAAAAUAAGAGUUAAAAAUGGGGGUGAAUUUACUGCAAGGUCAUCACAAUCUUGCAGUAACGCUUCCUCCUCUGCUGUGGAGGCUGCAAUGGAUAUUGAUGAGCAACGCUCCAAUGCUAUGGAAGGAGACAACAUGAACAAGGGAUCAGAUGAAAGUCCAGAAAGAGAACUCAGCACCGUGUAUUGCUCUGUGGCAGAACUUUUUUUCACAGAUCUUUGUGAUGAGGCUGAUGCAGAAGAUGCUUGUAAGAAAGCCUUAGACAAUGCACUGGAACAUGAUCCUACUAAUGCUGAAGCACAUAUUACUAAGGCACGCUACCUCAACAUUAUUGGUGAAGUGGUGCAAGCCAAGACAGUCCUUGAAGAAAGCCGUCCUCUGUGGACUGUGGAGUUCCAGGAGGAUGGAUCCAAAGCUUCUGAGUUGCCGGCUCCUCUUCGCCUAGCUGCUGCUAAACUUUUUAUUGAGCUAGAAAUGCAUGAAGAUGCACAGAGCAUCCUUGAUAGCUUACUGGAUGAGAGUGAUCAGGUUGUAGAGGUGCACUAUCUGUCCGGCUGGAAUUCCUACUUACAAGGGCAAGAACAUCACAGUGAUGCUCUGCUUCACCUUAAAAAUGCUAAGACGUGCGAGUCUCAGUUUCCAUGCGAUGACCCGGAGCUGGUCGAGCACAUCUCUGACCUCCUUGCUGAGCUGGGUUACGACGCCUCCCAGGAGGAGGAGGACGAUGAGGAUGGCUGGACUGACGCCGAAGAUGAACAAGAAAUGGAGCGAGAAAUCAUUGAAGAAGCAGGCGAAGCAUCCGAUGAUGAUUUAUAGGAAAGGAUUUUUUUCUAUAAAUGUAUUUUGCCUGA